CCCCCCCCCUUUUCCCACGUGAAACAGGCUGGCCCACACAAUCAUGGCUGAGCGGGGACCGGAGCCUGCUCUCCUCCCACGUCUGCCUCGUUCUUAGGCUGUGCCAUAAAAAAGGCAGAGCUCCUUCCAUCCAUCCGGCAGCCCCCAAGAGCGGUGCUUACUCUGCAAAUUCCAUCAUCCCCAGCCAACAGGGCCAGUGGGAAGAGCAGUGUCGCCUGUGCGCCCCUCCAUGGGUGUCGGUGAAGCUGGAAGUCACACGUCCUCCAAACCCGGCCAGGUCAUGAUCCCAGCUGCCACGUGCUGGACCAGCUGGCAGUCUGAAAGCUCACCUGCGUGGUGCUUGCUACUGCCGUCCAUGCAGGUGCUCCCAAGCCCUGCCUCUCCGUUCUCCUCUCGCCUCUCUCCUGACCAGACAAGUUCAGAUUCCCGCCCCCCACCCCCCGUUUUACCCGUGCGGUGAGCAGUGUGCCAGGUCAGGUGGGAAGGGCUCUGUGAACUGACUAAGCUCCCUCCUCUGCUGCAAAAUAUUCGCGCUGAAGACGGAGCCGGCCUCAUUUCCUCCACAGCGGUUUUUCUCGGUUUGCCCCCACUCCGCUGGAGUUCAGUGCAGAGCCCUCUCUAUGUACGCACGGCUGGAAAGACCCCUGGAUUUACUGGCACCUCUGCCAGGCCCCACGGCACAUCCAGAGGGAGCCAGCCGGACCUCCCUGCCCCGGCGAGGGGCUGGCGGCCGAGGGUGGGGGCAGCGCCGCCCGUCCUCUGUUGUUCUGCACAGCAGGCCGAUCUCGGUGCCCUUUGCUCGCCCCUCUCUUUCAUCUCCUGGGCACGAAUCAACAAACAACCCCGGCGGAGGGCGGGAGAGGCGCCCCGUCUGGGCCGUUCCGGGCAGGGGGGUGGCCAGUUAAUGACCGACCAAGAUCAACAGAGCCGGAGGCAGUUGGCAAGUGCGCAGCCCGGGAAGCAGACCGCUCCAGCGGCACAGCGAUGAGGAGGCUGGCGGCGCUGUGCGUGGGCCUCCUGGCCCUGUCGAGCGCGAGCCGGCCGGCCACUCAGCAGCGCGCUCUGGACGUCGUGCUGGACUACUUCCACCGAAACGGCCUCGUGCAGUCCGUGUUCAAGGAGCAAGCGGUGCUUAACGUCUCCGAAGAGGUGCUGCACAUGGGGACCUUCGUUCAACUGCGGGUGGAGCUCGCACAGACACACUGCAGGAAGCAGCAGCGGAGGACACACAACUGCCUCGUCAAGCCCGGCGGGAGGCGGCAGACAUGCCUGGCCUGCAUCAAGUUUGACGCCAGCAGCGCCGAAAACGUGCUGGACAGGUUGCUGCAGUGCCGCUCACCCGUGCAUGCCCAAUUCCAGGAGAUGAGCCGCAAGCACAGCCAGGAGUGCGAGAAGGUCAGGAAUGCCCACGAAGACCGCUACCUGCCCGGCCGGUUCGCCUUCUCCGUGGGAGCCCCGAGCUAGCCCCCCCAGCGCCGGACCCAGCCUGAUGGGCCCUGGGCUGGAAGGACUGCCCCGACUAGGCCAGGAGGGGCCACCCCACCCCCAGCUUGGUCUCCGCACUGCAGGACUGGCACCUGCCUCCCCC